UCGCUCGCGUGUACCUUUGGUAUGGCGUUGGUUUAAUGUCAACAGUAGUGUGUUGUUGAAAUAACUAAUUAUUUGUUAAUCAUUAUGAUUUUAUUUAGUAGUGUUUUUGUAAUAUUGUUUUGUGUUUCAUGAUAUUGUGUGUGUAAAUACCGUGUGCUACUUUAACGUAAUAGCAUGGAUUGUAUUGUUAUCGAAUUUCGAUAGUCAUUGUUUUGAUUAUACGUGACUUGCAUUUAUAUAAGUCUCGUUUAAUUUAGUUAAUGCUUUGUGUAUUGUAUUACCAGUCACUUUCGUGUAGCAUAACUUUAUUCCUUUGUACCGAGUUCAGUCAUGUCUUGUUGUUAAUAUUUAAUUCUACACUUUCGAUGCUGCGUCACUUACCUGGAUCAUUCCCACAACAUCAUCCGAUUCUUGGAUAUACCUUGGAUACUUACUACGGUUGCCUUCAAUCAUCUUAUAUCUGUGGCCAUAAAGGUUUCCGCUAUCUCUGUUGUUCGACGAACAGUGUCACGCUUCCACACUGGCUGUCGUACAUGGUGUUCCGCAAACAGGGAUCCAUAACCUAUUUUGCACGUAAACCUUCUUGUAUAAUGAUCACUUGUUCACAAGGUUUCCGCUAUCUGUAUUAUUCGACGAAUAAUGUCACACCUCCUUUUGAUUUAACCACAAUAUAGUUAUAGCAUUUAGUAACCUUGUAUUUUGCACUGAGACAAUUGAAACUAAUUUAUUCACUUAUUUUAGG